CGUUGGUGUCGUCACUUCCUGCCGGUACCGGUGUGGACGGUGUGGGUCGUGGCCGCCGGUUCUGCGGUUCUCUCCCUUCCCUACUCUCCUCCCUCCCUCCCUUUCCCUCCCUCGACGGCGGUUGGUCGUCCGUCGCAGACUCCCUGACCCGUCCCUAACCCCUUUCUGACCUCGGGGCCACCGGAUUGGCCUUUUCCCGUUUCCCGGCUCAACCCCAGAGUCAGGGCGGGGGCCUUGAGGAGGGGGAGGCGGUGCCACGGAGGAGAGAAAAGACCAGACGACCCUCGGCUCCCCCGCCGGAUCGCACGGCUCGCAGCCGCCAUGGCAAUGAGGCAGACGCCGCUCACCUGCUCGGGCCACACGCGGCCCGUGGUGGAUCUGGCCUUCAGUGGCAUCACGCCUUACGGCUAUUUCCUGAUCAGCGCUUGCAAAGAUGGUAAACCUAUGCUACGCCAGGGAGAUACAGGAGACUGGAUUGGAACAUUUUUGGGUCAUAAGGGUGCUGUUUGGGGUGCAACAUUAAAUAAGGACGCCACCAAAGCAGCUACAGCAGCUGCAGAUUUCACAGCCAAAGUGUGGGAUGCUGUCUCAGGAGAUGAAUUGAUGACCCUGGCUCAUAAACACAUUGUCAAGUCUGUGGAUUUUACGCAGGACAGUAAUUACUUGUUAACCGGGGGACAGGAUAAACUGUUACGCAUAUAUGACUUGAACAAACCUGAAGCAGAACCUAAGGAAAUCAGUGGUCAUACCUCUGGUAUUAAAAAGGCUCUGUGGUGCAGUGAGGAUCAGCAGAUCCUUUCAGCUGAUGAUAAAACUGUUCGCCUUUGGGAUCAUGCUACUAUGACAGAAGUGAAAUCUCUAAAUUUUAAUAUGUCUGUUAGCAGUAUGGAAUAUAUUCCUGAGGGAGAGAUGUUGGUAAUAACUUAUGGACGAUCUAUUGCUUUUCAUAGUGCAGUAAGUUUGGACCCAAUUAAGUCUUUUGAAGCUCCUGCAACCAUCAAUUCUGCAUCUCUUCAUCCUGAGAAAGAAUUUCUUGUUGCAGGGGGUGAAGAUUUUAAACUUUAUAAGUAUGAUUAUAAUAGUGGAGAAGAAUUAGAAUCCUACAAAGGACACUUUGGUCCCAUUCACUGUGUGAGGUUUAGUCCUGACGGAGAACUCUAUGCUAGUGGUUCUGAAGAUGGAACAUUGAGACUAUGGCAGACUGUGGUAGGAAAAACAUACGGCCUUUGGAAAUGUGUGCUUCCUGAAGAAGAUAGUGGUGAGCUGGCAAAGCCGAAGAUCAGUUUUCCAGAGACAGCGGAAGAGGAGCUAGAAGAAAUUGCUUCAGAGAAUUCAGAUUCCAUCUAUAGUUCAACUCCUGAAGUUAAGGCCUGAGCAUCAGGCAGAUGUACACAACUUAUGGACUAAAACAAACAGAGAAAAGCAUCAGCCUCCAGAGUUACUCUCUGCUUAAGGCAAACAUGAGCAGUAAAUAAUGAGGAAUAUGAAUUAGCUCCAGUGCUGGAACUAACCAACUUGGUGAUACCUAUAAGUGAAAACACAAGAGUAUCAGCUGAAGGCAGAUGGAGUUAUACUCUUGUAGUACGAUGGUCUGUUGUCUUUUUAAUGAAUAUGUGCAAACCAACAUCCAAUUUCUCUUAUUACAGGUAGAUUUCUUGUAGCUGUUUAUGUUAUUAUGAAGAGGGAAAAUAUAUUGGCUUAUUUUUCUGACUUUUCCCUUAAAGCAGAAAGCCUUUUUUUUGCUUUAGUUAUAAAGAAGAGGGGGAUACAUGAUAAAGUAACUGGUUUGAUUUCUCUUUCAUUGUACACUGUUUCUGAACAUCUAAUUGUUUUUAGUUGUCUAAAUAAAAUGCCUCUAAAACAAAA